AUGCACUUUCAAAUCUCCACGGCUACAGGUGUGGCAUACUGCGUCAGCCGCACGUACUUCCACCCGCUGCUGUUCCUCACCGCACUGCUGUGCCUCAUCCACCUGCUGGUGUACACCCCACACAGCGCACUGUGCCAGGAUGCAGGAACUGCAAAUAGCACUGUGAAGCUGUUGAUGUUGAAUGUUACGGAUCAUUUUUGGUUUAAAUCACUUGGUGCUUCUCUUUAUGCUGGGUUUAAUGCCUCGCUUUGGUCCCGUAACUUCACUGUGGCUGAUGGCAUACGUGUUGAAAUUUUGGCCAGGGAGACGACAGUUGAGGAUGCCGGUGAUACUGUUGACAGUGCGCUG